AUGCAAGAUAAAGCACCUUCCAGACGAGAAAGCAACUCGCCCCAAGCCCCCAGAAUUCCUAAAUCAAAAGAUGCACUUUUUCUAUCAGUUCUUAAUAAACUCCCUGCAGAAGAAGACAAGCGCGAAGAGCACAAUUUCUUCAUAAGAAGAGUAAAGAUUAUAUAGAGAGAUAUCCCAAUAGCUGAUCCUUCUUCAAACCCCCGAAACCCUCCUCCAGUAAAAAUUCGUCCUCAUAAGCCAUCAAUAACAAAAGGCCCUUCUGAAGAAAACUCUCGAAAAACUUCCCCAAAACCUCCUGAAGAAGAAAAUAAACAAAUUUACCCUCAGAGAAUGAAAAACAUUAGGCCAAAUCAGCCAAGACAAAAACAAUUAAAGCCAGAAAAAGAAGAGCACGCGGUCAACCUUAGCAAUUUAUCAAAUAUUAUUAAUGAAAUGAAAGAUAUGCUGGGAAACAUGCCCGUUGUAAACGACGCACUUAAUAAGUCGACUGAAAAUACUGUCUAUAGCAAACGAAAGUUUAGGAAAUCUAGACCUUCAAUAGCUCAGCCCAGUCCAAAAGCAAAUGUUUCGCGUGAAAAAAUUUCUCUUCAUGAUAAAAGCUUUAAGAACUCUGAAAAAUUUCGACCGUAUUUAAUGAAGUCAAAACCAAGCAAAAAGAUGCUAGCUCCGAGGUUAAGUUCGAGACACUCUAUGAAUAGGCCGAAAAGCCAUAAAUCUCCAAAGGCACUGCCGAAUAUAAAACCUAAGUCUUCAAUAGAUAUUGAAGCAAUACAGAGCUUCUUUAUUGAUUUCCAUGCUAAAAGUAAAUUGCUGCUUGGGAAUCUGGAAAGAAGUGUACUUGGUGAUAAUAGUGUUUGUAAGUAA